AUGCGCUACAUCGCCCGCAAGCACAAGAUGUGCGGUGAGACGGAGGAGGAGAUCCUCCGUGUAGACAUGCUGGAAAACCAGAUCAUGGAUUUCCGCAUGAGCCUGGUGAUGGUUUGCUACAACCCUGACUUCGAGAAGCUCAAGCCGGGCUACCUGGAGCAGCUCCCGGGGAAGCUGAAGCUCUUCUCCAACUUUUUGGGGGACAGAAAGUGGUUUGCAGGGGAGAAGCUCACCUUCGUGGACUUCCUCAUGUUCGACGUGCUGGAGCAGAACCGCAUCUUCGAGCCCAAGUGCCUGGAGCCCUUCAAGAACCUCAAGGACUUCAUGGACCGCUUUGGGGCCCUGGAGAAGGUGGCUGCCUACAUGAAGUCCAGCCGCUUCCUGAAGAUGCCCAUCAACAACAAGAUGGCCAAGUGGGGCAACAAGAAGGAGUAG